ACAAGAGUGAAAGUAAAGGUUCGAAAUUGAUCCGCAUUUGAACGGUCGCAGUGAGUUCUUUACAACACGGAGUAUCAAAGUGUUUAAUUAGAACAUUUGAAAUUUGCGUGCAGCUACUUGAUAGAAAAGGAAUAUUUGAAUCUGUAGGCUAAUUACAUGAUAGAAAAGGAAUAUUUGAAUCUGUAGGCUAAUUACAUGUUGAUCAAGGUGAGUGUUCAAGAUUCAUCAUGGAUGACACACAAACAUCCAGCGACGAAGAUUUUUCACCAGAAUGCAGUUCAGUUGAUCAGAAGAGAUCAGAGCCAGAGCCCAGCUGUGUGUCUAUGAGGAGUGACGGGUCUAUGGUUCCACCAAUGCAUUUUAAGAGUGGAGAUACACAGACUGAUCUCAGUUCAAUUCAUCAGAAGAGAUCAGAGUCAGAGCCCAGCUGUGUGUCUAUGAGGAGUGACGGGUCUAUGGUUCCACCAAUGCAUUUUAAGAGUGGAGAUACACAGACUGAUCUCAGUUCAAUUCAUCAGAAGAGAUCAGAGCCAGAGCCCAGCUGUGUGUCUAUGAGGAGUGACGGGUCUAUGGUUCCACCAAUGCAUUUUAAGAGUGGAGAUACACAGACUGAUCUCAGUUCAAUUCAUCAGAAGAGAUCAGAGCCAGAGCCCAGCUGUGUGUCUAUGAGGAGUGACGGGUCUAUGGUUCCACCAAUGCAUUUUAAGAGUGGAGAUACACAGACUGAUCUCAGACAUGAAGUCCUCAACAGGUUUAGAUCAAAUCUGAUGAAGAAGUUUGAGUGUCUGUAUGAGGGAACAGGAAUGCAGGGAAACCCAACACUCCUGAAUGAGAUCUACACAGAGCUCUACAUCACAGAGACUGAGAGUGGAGACAUCAGUAAUGAACAUGAGGUGAGACAGAUUGAGACACAAUCCAGGAGAGCAGCAACAGAGGACACACCGAUCAAAUGCAAUGACAUCUUUAGACCUUUACCUGGACAAGACAAACCCAUCAGAACUGUGCUGACGAAGGGAGUCGCUGGCAUUGGAAAAACAGUCUCUGUGCAGAAGUUCAUCCUGGACUGGGCUGAAGAGAAAGACAAUCAGGACGUCCAGCUCAUAUUUCCACUUCCUUUCAGAGAGAUCAAUCUGAUGAAGGACAAAACACUCAGUCUUUCAGAUCUUCUUCAUGUCUUCUUCCCUGAAACUAAGGAAAUAGAAAUAUCCAGUGUCAAAUAUAAAGUGUUGUUCAUCUUUGAUGGUCUGGACGAGUGUCGUCUGUCUCUGGAUUUUCAGAGCGAUGUGAGGUUGUGUGAUGAGAGUGAAUCAGCCUCAGUGGACGAGCUGUUGACGAACCUGAUUGUGGGGAAUCUGCUUCCCUCUGCUCUCAUCUGGAUCACCUCCAGACCAGCAGCAGCCGAUCUCGUCCCGUCUGAGUUUGUCCAUCGAGUGACAGAGGUACGAGGCUUCAAUGAUCCACAGAAGGAGGAAUACUUCAGGAAGAGAGUCAGUGAUCAGAGUCUGGCCAAUACAAUCAUCACACACCUGAAGUCCUCAAGGAGCCUCUACAUCAUGUGCCACAUCCCAGUGUUCUGCUGGAUCUCAGCCGCUGUUCUGGAGAAGAUGAUGAGCGAAGCAGAGAGACGAGAGAUUCCCAAGACUCUCACUCAGAUGUACACACACUUCCUGAUCCUUCAGACCAACAUCAAACACGGGAAGGACUAUGAGAAGAAGGUGACAGAUGAAGAAAUGAUCUUCAAACUGGGGAAACUGGCAUUCAAGCAAUUGGAAAGAGGCAAUGUGAUCUUCUAUGAGGAAGACCUGAGAGAGUGUGGCAUUGAUGUGACAGAAGCAUCAGUGUACUCAGGAUUGUGCACUCAGAUCUUCAGAGAGGAGUUUGGCUGGUAUCAGGGGAAAGUCUUCUGCUUUGUUCAUCUGAGCAUUCAGGAACAUCUAGCGGCUCUAUAUGUGCAUCUCUCCUUCACAAACAAGAACACAAAUGUGUUUGACCCAAUCGCUAAACAGAGUUUGUGGUCUAAAGUUAAGGACUGGUUUCAUCAAAAUUCAUCAGAACAUGUUUCAUUAUCUGCUCUGCAUCAGAGAGCUGUGAAUGAGGCUCUACAGAGUAAAAAUGGACAUCUGGACCUUUUCCUGCGGUUCCUUCUGGGUCUGUCAGUGGAGUCUAAUCAGAUUCUCCUUCAAACACUAAUGAAACAGACACACAGAUCUCACAGCAAUGUGGAAACAGUUAAGAACAUCAAGAAGAAGAUCAGGACCAUUGACUCUCCAGAGAAAUCCAUCAAUCUGUUCCACUGUCUGAAUGAACUGGGUGAUCGUUCACUAGUGGAGGAAAUACAACAGUAUCUGAAAUCUGGAAGAAUAAAGGAAGCCAAACUCUCUUCAUCUCAGUGGUCAGCUGUAGUCUUUGUGUUGUUGACAUCAGAGGAGAAGCUGGAUGAGUUUCAUCUUGAUCAUUAUGUUGGAAGAGAAAAUAAAAGUGAAAAACUAAAGGUUCUUCAGAAGCUGCUUCCUGUGAUUAAAGAAUCCAGAUCAGUUCUGUUGAGUGAUUGUGGCGUCACAGAUGAAGGUUUUGCUGCUCUGACUUCAGCUCUGAGAUCAAACCCUGAACACCUGAGACAUCUGGAUCUGUCUGGGAAUAAAAUAGGAGAAUCAGUGAAUCUGCUGUCUGAUGUACUACAGAAUCCUCACUGUAAACUGGAGAGACUGUGGUUGAGUGAUUGUGGCGUCACAGAUGAAGGUUUUGCUGCUCUGACUUCAGCUCUGAGAUCAAACCCUGAACACCUGAGAGAACUGAGUCUGUCUGGGAAUAAAAUAGGAGAAUCAGUGAAUCUGCUGUCUGAUGUCCUACAGAAUCCUCACUGUAAACUGGAGAGACUGUGGUUGAGGGAUUGUGGCGUCACAGAUGAAGGUUUUGCUGCUCUGACUUCAGCUCUGAGAUCAAACCCUGAACACCUGAGAGAACUGAGUCUGUCUGAGAAUAAAAUAGGAGAAUCAGUGAAUCUGCUAUCUGAUGUACUACAGAAUCCUCACUGUAAACUGGAGAAACUGUGGUUGAGGGAUUGUGGCGUCACAGAUGAAGGUUUUGCUGCUCUGACUUCAGCUCUGAGAUCAAACCCUGAACACCUGAGAGAACUGAGUCUGUCUGAGAAUAAAAUAGGAGAAUCAGUGAAUCUGCUAUCUGAUGUCCUACAGAAUCCUCACUGUAAACUGGAGAAACUGUGGUUGUAUAAGUGUGGCAUCACAGAUGAAGGUUUUGCUGCUCUGACUUCAGCUCUGAGAUCAAACCCUGAACACCUGAGAGAACUGAGUCUGUCUGGGAAUAAAAUAGGAGAAUCAGUGAAUCUGCUGUGUGAUGUACUACAGAAUCCUCACUGUAAACUGGAGAGACUGUGGUUGAGGGAUUGUGGCGUCACAGAUGAAGGUUUUGCUGCUCUGACUUCAGCUCUGAGAUCAAACCCUGAACACCUGAGAGAACUGAAUCUGUCUGGGAAUAAAAUAGGAGAAUCAGUGAAUCUGCUGUCUGAUGUCCUACAGAAUCCUCACUGUAAACUGAAGAAACUGAGGUUGAAGGAUUGUGGCGUCACAGAUGAAGGUUUUGCUGCUCUGACUUCAGCUCUGAUAUCAAACCCUGAACACCUGAGACAUCUGGAUCUGUCUGAGAAUAAAAUAGGAGAAUCAGUGAAUCUGCUGUGUGAUGUACUACAGAAUCCUCACUGUAAACUGGAGAAACUGUGGUUGAGUAAGUGUGGCAUCACAGAUGAAGGUUGUGUUGCUCUUGCUUCAGCUCUGAGAUCAAACCCUGAACACCUGAGAGAACUGAAUCUGUCUGGGAAUAAAUUAGGAAAAUCAGGAGUGAAGAAGCUCUCUGUUCUGAAGGAUGAUCCACAUUAUAAACUGAAGGAACUAGUCUACUGACUCAGUGUUUAGACGUCAGUCCAGUUUCCUCAGGAUCAGCUGAUGGUGAAUAAGGAGCCGCUACAGAGACUGAAGACACAGAGACACACUGAGAUCAAGCUGAAGUGUGUGUGUGUGUGUGUGUGUGUGUGUGUGUGUGUGUGUGUGUGACUUCACACCAGUCUCUUGUUUUACAGUAUAACAGCUUUGAAUUAUUUAUAAAAUCUGAGACUACAGAAAAGUUCAAUGUUGUAUAAAUUUCUACCAGCAGAAGGAGACAAAGUAUAUUAUGUAUAUUAUAUACAAAGGUUUAUGAAACUCCAAAACUAACAUCCCAAAGGAACUGAACACAAGAGAGUGCAUGUGCAAGAGAGAGACAAUGGGAAGACAGGAACAAUCUUUAAAACAGACUGUGCUGCAUUAAUCAUAGACUAACUGAUCUAUAAAUGAACAUGCUUCAUAGCAUUGUGUAAAUGAUUUACUGUCUUGUGUACUAUUAUCUACAUAGUAUGGUAUGUACCUUGGUAUACAACCAACUAACAAUCAAUGUAAACAUCGCCUGUAUCAUGCCUCCUACCUAAUUAAUCCUCAUUUAAUGACUCACACUUUGAUGGACAUCACCUUCUUCUAGAAUGCAGUGUGGAUGUGUUAUAUCCAUCUGAGCAUUAAUGAAGGGAUGACCACGCUUGGGACAAAGACUCGUAAAUUUACUAGAGCAACCUUCCCACUCGGACAUUUCACCAUGCUUAUUGGUCCAGUCGAACCUUAGGGGUUGGAUCUUUCUCAGGCUUUAUAAGAGACAGUCCACAUGUGACCUCUCUCUCUUAGUUUUUCAUCCAGCCACAAACACUGUUUCUGGUGAUACUGGGGAACCCCUUCCCUCUCCACGGGGCCCAGCAGGCCUUGAUCCAACCAGAUAUGAGCUCAUGCAGGAGAGAGAAGACUCUCUCACAAAGAACCAUGGACAACUGUUUAGUUUAUUAUCAUGAUUUAUUCAUGUUUAUGGUAAAACUUGUGCACUUUA